AUGAAGCAAGCGAGUGUCCAGCAAUUCAUGGCCGUCACGGGGAGUGGCCAUAGACAAGCAGAACAGUUUCUGGAAAUGAGCGGUGGGGACGUAAACACGGCUAUUAUGCUCUUCUUUGACUCCGGGGUCGCUGCCAGCCCCGAUCCCGUACCUGCACCCGCGCCCCGUGCACCUGCCGCAGAUCCCAAGUCGCACCAUAAACAAUCAGCUGCAGUGCCAGAGAAGGGUUCGUCUUCUCGGCCUGGACAUGCUAACCCUGCCACCCACCAAAAGCCGGCAGCCCCCGCCCAUGUUCGCCCCGCUCAGCCUUCUGCCCCUAUAGACAAGCAUAAAUCUACAAAACCUUCUGCACCCGCUCCUCCGCCUCCCCCGAGUAAGCCAACGGUUUCUGCAUCAGGGGCUAAGCAAGGGACGAAGUUCAACACCAUGGCUGAUAUACUGAAUGACAAAAGCGAUAGUGACCGGACUGAAAAUGAGUACUUUGCAGGAAGCGGUCAGAAGAUCAGAGCACCUCCCCCUCACACCAUAAAAGACGUCAACAAGCAGGAGGCGGAGCAGGAGUCUGGUUGCAAGAUCGUCAUUGAGUUCUACUCCGACGGGCUCUUGAUCAAUGGCCAUGAACCUUUCUAUCCUUUUAACAGCAAGGAGACGGAGGCUAUGCUUGAUGAGAUGAAAACCAAGCAGACGCUACCAAAGGCAAUCUUGAGUGCUCUUCCGGAAAACGAGCGACCAAAGCCUGGCCAGCAGAUCUAUACGGAGAUCAAGAACCAUCCAGAAGCUUAUAGCUCAGUGAAGCAGGCUAACGAAAGCUCUAAGAAGGUUUACACAUUCGAUUCGAACGAAAAGGCGCGAUCUUUGGGAGAUUGCAAAAAGACGGCUAAGCAUUCUCAGCAUGGGUCUGCCCCCGGGCCCACUUCCUCUGCUGCUACUGCCGAACCUUCCCUCGCCUUGAUACCUGGGAAGCCCGUAGCCCCAGUUCGUGUUAGAGCAGACAAAGUGUACACACUACAAACAAACCCAGAGCGACACACCAUUAAGGACCUUAUAGAUUGCCUUCGUAAGGCCGGAGUUAGCCUCCCCACGCCUUCAGAGUGCCUAGUCAAGGUGACGUCUACCUCGACAACGCUUUCAGACAUCUCGAUGACAAUCGCCGAAGCAAAGCUUGAGCGCCAACAAAUCAUAAUCGUCGCUAAGUGA